CAAAUAUUAUGACAUUUCUGUUAAUUUUGAAUGCCGUUAUUUUAAUUUUCAAUCAAAGAAUUUAUAACAAAACUGUUGCUAAUAGGACCUUUCCAAAAGGUUCCUAAUGGAACUUAACGAUAGCCCCAUCGUAAAUCAUGAAUCACUUAACGAACCAGCCUCAGAUGAUAAAACUUUUGGGGGCCUAGCAGAAGAUGUCUAUCAUCUGGCCCACGUACGAAGGCAAGCCCAAGAAGUCAUCGAUGAUCUAUUUUCAAGCAAGAUAAAGCGAAGAGAGGUAUAUCUUAAUGCUUUAGAAGUGGAGCUUGAGAAAACAGAAGACUUAUUAGUACCUGAUAUUGAUAAAUUGUUGGAGAAAAAUGUACCCUCCGCCUCUAAAGUGGCCGAAUAUAGCAAAAAAAUUAAUGAAAAUCAUCUACUACUAAGUGUCAUGGAGAAGAAGAAGCAUUGCCCUGUGGCACAAUGCAUUGCCGAUAUUUGAACUUGAAACAUAUGUAUUUAUUUUAUUGAACAAUAUUAUAAUUAAUAUAAACACAA